AGAGCCAGGCUGUGAUUGGCCGAGAGCGGGGAACCGCCCCCACCCGGAAAUCUGCUGACACCAGGUUAGAACAUCAUGCGGGAGCGCAGGCGUCACGGUGGAGGGGGUGAAGCACAUCCGGCUUCCCGUCCCAGAAAAGCCGCCCCUCCGUCUCGCUAUUGGAAUUACAUUAUAUUGCUGGCUGCCAUGUGCUGCGCUGCAGGCCUGGGUGCCUUUGCAUACAGCACUUAUCAGGGUUGGAGACUGGCGUUUAGAGUGGCAAACUUGCACCCUGCGCCCUCUGUCUUCCCUCCUAACAGCAGCUCCCCUGACAUGUUUUGGGGGUCAUACAGGCCACAGGUCUACUUUGGCAUGAAGACUCGCAGUCCUCGAUCAGUGGUCACAGGCAUGAUGUGGAUAACUCAGUCCCGAUCGCCAUCUCUCCGACACACUUGCGAGCAGAGUGAUGGGCUGUCUCAGUACGGGUGGCUGAUGCAUGAUGGGGUUAAUUUUGGAACUCAAGAAAUAAAAGAUAAGGGGUACACCCUGAAAACUGAGUUUGUGAAGAGACAAGGAGGUCUUCAUGGGGGUGACUGGAGUUGGAGAAUUACAGUGACUCCUCAGGCCUCAGCUCCCCCUGGACAGCUGGUCUCCCUCCUGUUUUACGUUGCCACAGACGGACAAGGAUCACUGUUUCCACAUGUAGAAGGAAAGGAGCGUUUAACUCACGUGACUGGUACAUCUGAGGAGUUGGGACGAUUCACAAUUCGAUUUCCUAUGCCAGAGGCAGGAGGUGGUCACGUCAGUUACAAUCAUCUCUCGACAAUGUGUCCUGGUAUCCAUGUCUUGACGGAUGUUGUACGGAGCAGUCUGAGAAACAACUUAAUUCACCUUCUGUCAGCUGGGGAUUCCACCACUGGCACCAAGAGACAUUACUUGGGUCUAGAUACCUACCGUCCACCCCCAACACCUCCCGGCUCCCAGCCUGCCCCUUCUAACUCACAGCUUAUAAUUCACCAGGUCACUUUUCAGCUUCCCUUCCAAGUGGAAGUCUUAUUUGAGUCAGACAGCUUUCUCCAACGCCCAGGUCCACUUUCUGGGAGUGCUCUAAGUGACUUACUGGAGAUUCAUCGCAUGAAAAUGACCGAGCGGUUCAGGAGAAUUUUCAAACUGGAGGAGAAAGGAUUCAUUCCAGACCAGGUUGCGUUUGCACAAGCUGCCCUAUCAAAUAUGCUGGGUGGAAUGGGCUACUUCUACGGCAGUUCACUAGUCCAGUCUCUGUACAAUCCUGAACCUUUGCAGUACCCACAAGCACCACUCUACACUGCAGUCCCUUCUCGAUCUUUCUUUCCUCGAGGCUUCCUUUGGGAUGAAGGGUUUCACCUGCUGUUGAUUGCUCGCUGGAACACCUCUCUAGCAUGGCAGUCUUUGGCUCAUUGGUUAGACCUAAUGAAUGUGGAUGGAUGGAUCCCUCGUGAGCAGAUUCUUGGUCUUGAAGCUCGAAGCAAAGUGCCAAACGAGUUUGUGGUUCAGCGUGAUGAGAAUGCCAAUCCCCCAACCCUGUUUCUGGCUUUGCAUCAGCUUUUGGCAAAGGAGGAUGUAACAUCAGAAGACCUGCAAUACUUGCGCCGUGCAUAUCCUCGUCUUAAGACCUGGUACAAUUGGUUUAAUGUGACCCAAGCUGGACGUCUUCCAAACACAUACCGGUGGAGAGGAAGAGACAAAGACCCCUUUCGUUUCCUGAAUCCAAAGACACUGACGUCCGGUUUGGAUGACUAUCCACGGGCAUCCCAUCCGUCAGAGGAUGAACGACACGUUGAUCUGUUCUGCUGGAUGGCUUUAGCUUCUGAAGUGAUGGCAAAUAUCUCUGAGCUGUUGGGAGAAGAUGGGGUAGAGUAUCAUGAGUCACAGCGUAUACUUACAGACAACACUCUGCUGGACCGUCUCCACUGGGCUGAGAAACUUGGGUCUUAUGCAGAUUAUGGCAACCACACAAAGAAUGUAGCACUUGAGUGGGAAAGGUUAAGUCCUCUUCCUGGGCAGGACCCCCACAGACUUCCACCACCAAAGCUUGUUAGGGUUGUAAAGAAGCCCCCUAGGCUACAGUUUGUAGACUCCCUCGGCUAUGUAUCUCUGUUUCCCUUUUUCCUUCAGAUUUUAACUCCCGAUUCUCCCAAGCUUGGGCAGCUGCUUGCCCAUUUGCGAGAUGCUGAUAAGCUGUGGACACCCUAUGGUCUCCGCUCAUUGUCAAAGAGCAGCCCUCUCUACAUGAAGCGCAACACUGAGCAUGAUGCCCCCUACUGGCGGGGCCCUAUCUGGAUUAAUAUGAACUAUUUGGCAGUUAGAGCCUUGCACAAGUAUUCCCACACGGAAGGACCGCAUCGUCAUCAGGCUGCCCUUUUAUAUAGGGAGCUGCGGGAGAACUUGCUUAGCAACCUGUACAGACAGUACAAAGAUACAGGCUUUUUGUGGGAGCAAUACAAUGACAAGACUGGCUGGGGUCAGGGAAGCUUCCCAUUUACAGGGUGGUCAUCUUUGGUAGUGCUGAUGAUGGCAGAGGAAUACUAAAUGUUAAUGCAGAGCACGGUACUGAACACUACCACCAACACAAAGAGUUCAGGGAAUGUGUGGGAGUCUGCCUGAGCUCUGCUGUUAGACGAUAUAUUGUUACUUAAUCCAUAUGAUGAAACCUUCACUGGUUCUAUUGGUGGACCUGUAACAUAAUUUAUUUUAUGGGUGGGAUCUGUGUAACUGGUUGGAUGAAUAAGAUCUGUGAUGUCACUGGUUGCAUGGAGGGGAGUUAUGAUGUUACCAGCUGUACUGACAGGUCACAAGCUAUGUCCCACCACCCAUCCCACCUUGGGCAAGCCACAUGCAUGAGAAACUGUGCGAGGAAUUCAAUCUGACACUUGCAGUGAAUGGAGUUUUAUACGGUGUGAUGUUUAAACCUGAUGCAAAUAAUGACCGUUACAAGGGCAAGUGCUAAAUCUAACUUAACUGCUUCCCUGCCAUGUAGGGGCCAUACUGUGCUAACCUGCCCAGCACACCACUUAUUAACUGGUGAUCCCUGGACUUUUAAAGAAAUCUGUGGAGAAAUAAAAUACAUCCUGUAUA